AUGGGUGUGAAAAAAAUUGAGAAAGAUUCCCUGUUUCGAGAGAUAUUAAACUUGAACAGCACGAAGCUAGUCGUCGCGGGCUUCUACGCUAUUUGGUGCCCUACGUGCAAACAGGUCGAGCCUGAUUUCGAAAAACUGUCGAACAAGUAUGACCGUGCACUGUUCCUCGAAGUGUACGUUGACAAGUGCCCAGAAAUAGUCCCCAUUGAAGGCGUGUCGACCACGCCAACUUUCAUACUAUACCGAAAUAAGUUACAGGUGGCAAAGAUCCGGGGUGCCAAUAUCGCAGCCGUCGAAGUGAAAAUCAUGGAUCUGUACGAAGCCUCUCAUGUUGCUGCCGUCGAUGACUGUGGAGUACCGGGCCAUAUGGAUCUUAGCUCUUUCAUUAUAAAACGCCAUUGCGAGGCCCUCAAUGAUUCAGAUGAGCAUCCACUGCCGAGGCUUUUCGAGAACAGUGGCUACAUUGAAUCGGACUGUGAUCAGCAACUCAUUUUGUCAUUGGUUUUCAAACAGCCGGUCAGAGUGCAUUCCAUCAAAGUUAAAGCUCCUAAAAAUAAUGGACCAAAAUUAUUGAAGUUGUUUAUUAACCAGACAAAAACCAUAGAUUUUGAUACUGCAACAAAUAAUUUAGCUGCCCAAGAACUGGAUUUACAACCUGAUGAAUUAGAUGGUAAAAUUGUCAACUUGAAAUAUGUAAAAUUCAAGUACGUCCAUAAUCUACAGAUAUUUGUUGUAAACAAUCAAACUGAGGUGGACGUAACCAGAAUAGAUAGCUUGAAUAUUAUUGGAAUGCCUACAACUGUAAUAAAUAUGGCUGAUUUCAAGAGAAUUGCUGUUUAA